AUGGAGCUUCCAUCUCUGAUACACGAGACCGAUGAAGGAGAUUCGACCAAUCAACCCGAUCUGAACAAAAGCCCCUCUUUUAAACAGGAUCCAGUGUCUCCGGAUCUUCGCAAACACCUACACAUUAAAUCCGAACAGAGACGUCGAGGAAGAAUCAUUGACGGCUUCCAAAAGCUACGAGGGUUAAUUCCAAGCGUGAAACCCCAGACCGACUCCAAAGCCCAGGUCCUCAGCAAGGCGUCCGAAUACAUAGAGACUUUACAGCACGAAAACAGCGUUUUAUCUACCGAUCUUGAGUCUGUGAAGGGUUAUGCGAGCCAAUUGCAUAACCAACUAAUAAGAAUGAAUGUGACACCUUCGGUUCCCCCGCCGCAGCUUCAUGGAGGACAUGCCACGCAGCAUCAUCCUCAAUUGCAUUAUCCAGCUAAUAUGGGGACUUUGCCCCCACCAUUUCCAUAUUCACAUCUGGAGCAUUCCAGAAUCCCGUAUCCGGGCCCCUCUCUCCCCCCACCUCCUCACAUGGGGGUACCGCAUUUCCAGCCUUAUACAAGAGGGCCGUCCGACCCUCCGCUGAACAUGUCUCCGGCACGAAACCCCAGUGACGAGCUCACAUAUUUGGGGACCUCGUCCAAUGCAGAGAGCCCCAAUGCUCCUCGCCGCUCAGAAUCCAACGAAGGAUACGCUCCCAAGAGGACAUAG